CUUCUCCUCCUUUCUUCCUUCUCCGAGUAUUCUAAAUUUAUUUUUAUAUUUUUCUUUAAUUUUUCUUAAAAUCUUGGACGAUGAAGGACAGGUUUACAAGCACUAUUCUUCAAAGCGAGGAACUCGCUAAGUAUCUUUUAGAAACAAGUGCGUAUCCUAGAGAGCACGAACAACUCAAAGAACUCAGGGAUGCUACUGUCGACAAGUAUCAGUAUUGGAGCCUGAUGAAUGUGCCUGCUGAUGAAGGCCAAUUUCUUUCAAUGCUACUGAAACUGAUGAAUGCAAAGAAAACAAUUGAAGUUGGAGUGUUUACUGGAUACUCACUUCUUUCAACUGCUCUUGCUCUUCCAGAUGAUGGAAAAAUUAUUGCGAUUGAUCCAGAUAGAGAAGCAUAUGAGACUGGGUUGCCAUUUAUUCAGAAGGCAAAUAUGACCCAUAAAGUCCAAUACAUUCAGUCUGAUGCCACCGCAGUUAUGGAAAAGUUUUUAGCCGAGGGAGAAGAAGGGACAUUCGAUUUUGCAUUUGUUGACGCAGAUAAGGAAAACUACAUACAUUACCAUGAGCAGCUGCUAAAGCUAGUAAAAGUUGGUGGAAUUAUAGCUUAUGACAACACAUUAUGGGCUGGUACUGUAGCAUUGUCCGAGGAUGAUGAAAUGGUUGAUUACUUAAAGGGAUGCAGAGGUUACAUAAUGAAACUCAACACAUUUUUAGCAGCCGAUUCUCGUAUUGAAUUGGCUCAGCUUUCAAUUGGUGAUGGACUCACUCUUUGCAGGCGCAUUAAAUAGCUCCAACAAAAAUUAUUUAUACGCCUGUUCGAUUAUUAUCGUCUUUUAUAUGUGUAUUUGAGUGUAUACAUACACAGACAUAUUGUUAUUUGAAGUUUAUGUUGCAUGUAUUAAUUUCAGAUGUUGUUGAUCAUUUUCUCGGAUUAAAGUUUACUGUUUCUGAAGUUGUUGGUCCUUUAUUUUUUUGAUGCUGUAAAUGAUAUAAAAGGACAAUUGUUGUUGCUUGUUCAA